AUGACCAGCCUCUCGUUAAUACUGCUGUUUGCUGUUGCGCAGGCACUCGUAUGCCUGGCGUCGCCAAGCUACCAGAUUCUUGAAGUAGAGGAUGAGAAGGAUGUUAUGAGUGAAGACCUGAAAAUGACUGCGGAGGAUAAGGAGAAAGAGGAGGUGGAGAGUUUCAAUGAUGACAAUGAGGAGCUGAAGGCGGAAGAAGUUAGGAACAACCUACUUACACAAAAAAACAUGGAAAAUAUAUCCUCCGAAGUGUUUAUUAUCCUCACUGAAAUAGAGGCAUUCUGGCUUUCGGAGAUCCUUCCGAAAACUAUGUAG